UUUUUAAUAGAAAAAGAAAUGCAGACUUAGAAUGUGUUUUUGUUAAGUAUGUUUAAUGCAAUGCAGCUUUAAAUUUGACAAUUUUGGAUAGCACUGAAUGACUUUCAGGUCAGAUAUUGAAAUUAGUGAAGAUGGAGGAAAUGAGGUAUGCUGGUGACUAGUAUACCCUCCCUAAUCUAAUUUGUUCAGUGUGGUUGACUCUCGAGCCGGUGUGGGAAAAUAUUUCUGUAAGACCUGAGGAGCCACACAGUCCCUCAUUAAAAUUACGUUGUGUGCAAUUUCACACAUACUACACAUCUAGGUUUUCCAGGCUGCUUUCGUAUGCAGAGACACAGCGUAGAAAGUUUAGCUUAAUCAGGGACUCAGUCAUUUCUCCUCAGUCAUGCAGAGGCUUGUGACAACUUACGAGACAUUACCUUUGAUAAAGCUUGUCUUUGGUAGGUUUCUUUUUCCUCUAAUAGUGUCAGUAACAACAGUCAGAGGAAGAAAUCAAAACUGUGGAGUGCCAUUCUCAAGAUGAUCCCUCACAUGGCACUGUGCAAACUCUUUCCUCUGGUUCUAGUUGGGGUUGUGGUGUUUGCUGUGAGUGGGAUCUUUGGAGACCCCCUGUUUGAGUGCCUCCAAGACACUGACUACAGCGAGCUUCUCGACAUUGUGGAUAAAGGUCUUCCGGCCACUAAGACACCUCGUCAUGUAGCAAUCAUCGGCGGGGGCAUCGCUGGACUGACCGCUGCUAAGUUUUUAGAAGAUGCCGGACAUAAGGUGACCAUAAUAGAAGCCAGUAACCGUAUUGGAGGACGUGUGGAGACCUUCAGGAACAAUAGAGAAGGCUGGUAUGCAGAAGUGGGUGCCAUGAGGAUCCCUAGCUUUCAUAAAAUUCUGCUUUCUUUUGCCUCAAAAUUAAAAAUUUCCCUAAACCACUUCAUCCAAGAUGACAUCAACACCUACUAUUUGGUAAAUGGAGUGCUACAGAAAACGUAUGCCGUGGAAAACAACCCUGGUGUGCUCAACUACAACUUAAAUGAAAGGGAGAGGGGGAAGUCAGCAGCUCAACUCUUCAGUCAGACACUCUGGAAGGUGAAGGACGACCUGAAUGUAAUGGGCUGCAGUGCCAUGCUGGAUAAAUAUGAUGCAUACACAGUGAAGGAAUAUCUGGUGAAGGAGGGCAACCUGAGUCGUGGUGCCUUGAGGAUGAUCGGGGACAUCCUGAAUGAAAACAGCCUCUUCUACACGUCACUGAUAGAGAUGCUGUACAUACAGUCAGACAUCAAUGACAACACUGAGUACUACGAAGUGACAGAUGGUUUUGACCACCUCCCAAAGGCUUUCUAUCAGGUGUUAAAUGCCACGAUCCUCCUCAACUCCAAGGUUAAGCUAAUCGAUCAAACAGACGGCACCAACGUGACAGUAACAUACCAGGACUGGCGUAAUUCAGGUGCCCUGACCAACCUAACAGUGGACUACGCCCUGGUGACGGCCACAGCCAAGGCCACCGUCUUCAUUGACUUCCAGCCCCCUCUCUCUGGGAACAAGAUGGAGGCCCUGCGCUCAGUUCAUUAUGCCAGCUCCACCAAGGUGGUACUCAGCUUCAGGGAGCGCUUCUGGGAGAAAGAGGGUAUCCGAGGAGGGAAGAGCAUCACAGACCGACCUUCUCGCUUCAUCUACUACCCCAGUCACAGCUUCCACGGUACAGCUGCGGGGGCCCUCCUGGCGUCUUACACCUGCUCUGACGAUUCCACCCUCUUCCAAGGGAUGAGCGAGGAGGAGCUGAUGGCCGUGGUCCUGGAGGACUUGGUGAAGAUCCACGGAGAGGACAUCAGGCGUCAGUGGACAGGGGGGCUGGUGAAGAAGUGGGGCUUGGAUCCUUACAGUCUGGGAGCCUUCGCCCUGUUUACACCCUACCAGAAGGAACACUACGCCAGAGACCUGUUCCAGAGUGAAGGACGGGUGCACUUUGCAGGAGAACACACAGCCUUGCCCCAUGGGUGGAUUGAAACUGCCAUGAAGUCUGCACUCAGGGCAGCUAAAAAUAUUAACAGCCUUACAGUUUAGUUGUAUGUGCAAUUAUUUUGUUGUGUUCCUCCAUAUAUAUAUAUAUAUAUAUAUAUAUAUAUAUAUAUAUAAGUUUAGCAGCACAUCUUGUGAACUUGUCCCAUGUCUUGCCUGUUGUCAGAUAUAGCCAGCGCUGCAUAGCCAGGGUAUUUAUGAAAUAUUUACUUGUACUUUAACUACUUCACAUUUUUAUUAACUUGUACUGCCACUUUUAAUAUCCUAUCCAGUCUCUUUCAUGAUUUUAUUGUCUCUUUGGCUGCUUUGCAUGUAUCAAGAAAAUGGCUAUAAUCAUUUUUGCUUGGCUGUGAUUUGUUGCUUGCUUGCAUGGCUACGUGUAGGCUACUGAAUGUGGAUAGUGGAUAAUGUACUAAUGUCUUGCUGCUUCCUGUUGCUCGGCAUGGCUUCUUGAGAAUACUUAUUUUGUUGCUGUUGAUAUCGUUUUGGUGUCUUGUUGUCUUUUAACCCGUACUGAUGUCUUGCUGUUUCCUGGUGCUCUGGUCUCAAUACAUCUCGCCAAAGGACUACAGUUAAAAAUUAGCCUUCAGGCUAACAAUAGUACUUUUACAGAAAUGUUGAUUAAUGUGCGUUAUCGUUAUAGAUAAAAUUAAUGAAAUGAAUACUGGUGUAUCAGUGACCCAAUUAUAUGAUGUAUAUUUUUGUUUUAUGUGCAUAUUUAUUGAUUCAGUUAGGUUUUUCGGUAUUUCUUUUGAUCAUAAGUACAGGACCAUAAACUGACAUUCUGAUCAGACCACACAAAGAUUAGCAUAAAUAUAAAUUGAAUUAUUAUCCCCAUGGCCGUCAUUUGCAGGCCUUUACUGUUUCAGGAUAUUCUGUGAUUCUAACACUGAAUUACAACUGGAAUUUAACAAUUAUUUUCAGCACUGAUAAAUCUGCUGAUUGCUUUCUCGUUAAACAAUUCCACGUUUGUCAACGAAUGUCAGAAAAUAGUGAAAAAUGCGGAUUUUUGCAGAGUCCAAUGUGAAAUGCAAGUUGCUUGUUUUGUCGAACCAAGAGUCCAAAAUACCCAAAUAUCAAUCAAUUUUAUUUGUCAAAAGAAAUCAUACGAUGUACAAUUCGAGUGAAAUGUAAUCCCAGUGGAUUUUCAGUACACUAACAUUUAAGACAAUGAAAAGCAGCAAAUUCUCACAUUUGAAAAGCUGGAACCUUCAAUCUUUUGGCAUUUUUACUUGAAAAAUGACUCAAAUGAUUAAUUAGUUAUCAAUUAAUUGUCUAAUCAAUUCAACUCUACACUGAAUAUGAAUGGUACAUUUCUGUAUGUUUUAUUCCAUUACAGCUAUUUUAUAUUUCAGUUACUUCAUUUUACUUUUAGGUUGAACAAGAAAGUAAAAAUAUUUGAAUAAUGUACUUUCUCUUAAUUGUCAGAUGUUUGGAACUAAAAGCUUGUGUAAAAAAAGAGAAAAUAUGUAAAUAUCUAUGAUAAAACAAGUUUUCUUACAUAGUGACAAGACUUCUAUUUUGUAGAUUUUUUUUCUCUCCCAGGAACCCAUAUGGAAAGACUAUUGUUGUAUUGACUUUUUCUUAUACUUGACUUCAAAUAUAGUUCAAACAAAUAUACACAAGUGUUUCUACCUGUUCUGAGUAGCCAUCUCUUUGACACAAUUGUUUUGAUGUUAAUAUUUGAUAUUGAUUCUUUGCAAUAAAUCUCACAAAGCCAA